AUGGGCCCCGGACUCGCGACGGCCUCCCCUGCGCCGGUCGCUUCGCGCGUUGUUACCCGCGGAGAAGGCGGGCGAGCGGAUAAAGCAUGCGCGACCCCUCGGAUUAGUCGCCGAGUCGCGACCCAAGCGUCGUCGUCCUCCACCGCCGGCCGCCGCGUGAGGCUCGGCGCAUCUCCGUCUCCCGCGUCGACCAUCGCGUCGUCGCGUGCGUCCAGGCGCGUCCGCCCCGCCGCGGCGUCCUUGCUGGAUGACCCCAUACAGGCGCGUCCCCCGAACGAGCCCAGCGCCGACCUCCUCAACGAAGAUCUCGCGCCCGUGGCUCCCGCGCAACGCACGUUCACCACCUACGACAUCGCCGCGCUCUGGAUCGGCCUCGUCGUCUGCGUCCCGGCGUACACCCUCGCCGGAUCCGUCAUCGACCUCGGCAUGUCCGCCGCCCAGGGCAUCGCCUGCAUCGCCAUCGCAAAUCUCAUCGUGUUACUCCCUAUGGUGCUCAACGGGCACGCCGGAUGCAAGUACGGCGUGCCGUUCCCGGUGUUGGCGAGGUCCGCGUUCGGGAUAAAGGGCGCGAACGUUCCCGCGGUGAUGCGCGCGCUCGUCGGGUGCGGCUGGUUCGGCAUCCAGACCCACGUCGGGGGGCAGGCCAUCUUCGCCAUCGCGUGCGCCGCGUUGAAGCUGUCCACCGCAGCCGUCGCGACCGCCCAUCUCGUACCCGCGCUGGGCAUAAGCUCGUACGAGCUCCUGUGCUACGCGACGUUUUGGGCGGCGCAGGUGGCCGUCGUGGUCAAGGGGAUAGAGUCCAUCCGCGUCGUGGAGAAGUACGCAGCCCCGGUGUUGAUCGUGCUCUGCGUGUCCCUCUUCGUCUGGGCGUACGCGGCGGCGGGCGGACUCGGCGCGAUGUUAUCCACUCAGAGCGCAUUCGUGGCGGGGGGACCGAAGGAGGGGCAGUUUCUGAGCGUGUUUCUUCCGAUGAUCACCGCGGUGGUGGGUUUCUGGGCGACGCUCAGUUUGAACAUCUCGGAUUUCACCCGAUACGCCACGAGCCAGGAGGCGCAGUUCAAGGGUCAGACGAUCGGGCUGCCGUUUUUCAUGGCUGCGUUUUCGUUCAUGUCCGUGGCGAUCACGUCGUGCUCCGCGGUGAUAUUCGGUUCCGCGGUCGCCGACCCGGUGGCGCUGCUCGCGAAGGCUGACGGCGGGCCGCUGACGACGGCGGUGGCCAUGGGCGGCCUCCUGGUCGCCACGCUCUCGACCAACAUCGCGGCGAACAUCGUGGCGCCGGCAAACGCGUUCGUCAAUCUCGCGCCCAGCAAGCUCUCGUUCCGGGCCGGCGGGAUCACCACCGCGGUGCUGGGCACCGCCAUCUUACCCUGGCGGCUCAUGGCGGACGCCUCCGGGUACAUAUUCGUGUGGCUCAUCGGCUACUCCGCCCUGCUGGGGCCCAUAGCCGGGAUCAUGAUCGCGGACUAUUUCCUGGUGCGAAGACGCGUCCUUGACGUCGACGCCCUGUACAAGAGCGGCGAAGGGACCGCGUACUGGUACGAGGGCGGGUUCAACACCCGCGCGAUGUGGGCGUUCGCGGCCGGGGUGGCGCCCAACGUCCCGGGUUUCGCCAUCUCGGCUGGGAUCGUUCCGGCGGCGGCGGCGCAGAGCCUACGGGCCAGUUUUCCCGGCGCGCUUCGAACCUUCGAACUCGUCUACGGGUACGCCUGGUUCGUCGGUUUCUUCGUGGGCGCGGGUCUGUACCUGGCGCUGAUGCGAGGCGAGUCACACGCGGGCGAGAACGAGGAGGUUUUGUACACAGCCUGA